ACAUGCAAAAGAGCCACACGUUUAUGCCGAUGAAUUAUAGAUUAAAGGGAGGCUGAAAAUGCAGAUUCGGUCCCACACACAAACACGGAACUCGAUCGACACACGGUCCGACUGCCCGCGCCUCAUCCACCGAUGACUGAGGAGAUGCGACCUGACGAGCCCUGCUGAAGAGCUCCAGCGUUCAGAGCGAUCUCCGUUUGACAGCGUUCACUCACAAACAGCACGGCGAAGACUGAAAACCACACGAUGCUUGGAUUCUGUAGAGAUGGGACAGCGGUGGCUCUCGUACUGCUCAAUGCACUGGCGCUCAUAGCUGCAGCAGACGAGGAGGUCAUCUUUACCGAUCAUUUUCUGGUCCAGCUGCACGAGGGGACGAAUGAAGAUGCUCAUCAACUUGCCCUGGAGCAUGGCUUUGGGAGCGCAAGGAAGCUUCCUUUUGGUGUGGGACUAUUUCAUUUCUACCCACGGGAAAUCCCUAAAACCAGGCGGAAACGCAGCCUCCAGCAGCACCGGCGCCUGGCGAAGGAUCACCGGGUGAAAAAUGUGUUUCCUCAGGAGGGUUUUGGCCGUCAAAAGAGGGGCUACAGAGAAAUCAGUAACAUUGACGUCAAUAUGAGUGACCCGCUUUUCACCAAGCAGUGGUAUCUUAUAAAUACAGGCCAAGCGGACGGGACCCCAGGGCUGGACCUUAAUGUGGCUGAAGCCUGGAACAUGGGAUUCACCGGCAAAGGUGUGACCAUCGCCAUCAUGGACGACGGUAUUGAUUACCUACAUCCAGAUCUCGCCUCAAAUUACAACGCAGAAGCCAGCUUUGACUUCAGUAGCAACGACCCGUACCCGUACCCGCGCUACACGGACGACUGGUUUAACAGUCAUGGAACCAGGUGUGCUGGAGAGGUGUCUGCGGUUUCAAACAACAACAUCUGUGGGGUGGGCGUGGCCUAUAACUCCAAGGUAGCAGGCAUUCGUAUGCUGGACCAGCCCUUCAUGACAGACAUCAUCGAGGCCUCGUCCAUCAGCCACAUGCCACAGGUUAUUGACAUCUACAGUGCCAGCUGGGGUCCCACAGAUGACGGCAAAACGGUGGACGGCCCGCGUGAGCUCACGCUGCAGGCCAUGGCGGAUGGAGUCAAUAAGGGCCGAGGUGGGAAAGGCAGCAUCUACGUGUGGGCCUCCGGAGACGGUGGUAGCUAUGACGACUGUAACUGCGACGGAUACGCCUCCAGCAUGUGGACCAUCUCUAUUAACUCGGCCAUCAAUGACGGACGCACCGCGCUCUAUGAUGAAAGCUGCUCCUCCACCCUCGCCUCCACCUUCAGCAACGGCCGUAAACGAAACCCUGAAGCAGGCGUGGCCACCACGGAUCUGUAUGGCAACUGCACGCUGCGUCAUUCAGGCACAUCUGCUGCCGCCCCUGAGGCCGCUGGCGUGUUUGCUCUGGCAUUGGAGGCCAAUCCAAACCUGACGUGGAGGGACCUGCAGCAUCUGACCGUCCUCACCUCUAAGAGGAACAAGCUGCACGACGAAGUGCACCAGUGGAGGAGAAACGGCGUGGGCCUGGAGUUCAACCAUCUGUUCGGAUACGGCGUGCUGGAUGCCGGAGGGAUGGUCAAACUGGCCCGCGAGUGGAAGACCGUCCCGGAACGAUUCCACUGUGUGGCUGGAUCCGUGCAGGAGAUACACAAAAUACAGUCGGGCAACAAACUGGUGCUGAGCAUCACGACCGAUGCCUGCCAGGGCAAGGACAACUUUGUGCGCUACCUGGAGCACGUGCAGGCCGUCAUCACCGUCAACGCCAGCCGGCGCGGGGACCUCAACGUCAACAUGACUUCGCCGAUGGGGACCAAGUCCAUCCUGCUGAGCCGCCGACCCCGGGACGACGACGCCAAGGUGGGCUUCGACAAGUGGCCCUUCAUGACCACCCACACGUGGGGCGAGGACCCUCGAGGCACCUGGCUGCUGGAGGUGGGUUUCCAGGGCGAAGCCCCGCAGAGCGGCGUGCUGAAAGAGUGGACCCUCAUGCUGCACGGAACACAAAGUGCCCCUUACAUAGACCAAGUGGUGCGGGACUACCAGUCCAAACUGGCCAUGUCCAAAAAAGAAGAGCUUGAGGAGGAAUUAGACGAAGCUGUGGAGAGAAGCUUGAAAAGCCUUUUGAGUAAAAAUAACUAGCCAUGUGCAUGAUGAUAUCCUCUCUGUAUUAGCGUGUAUUCCUAGCCCGUUCUCUCUCGGCUUUCUCUUUUUUCUUGUGAUUAUUUGAUGAAUGUCUGACGUGAGUCUCUCAUAUUAAAGUGUAUUCUCUGAAUGAUACAGGGGCCGCAAAAACCAUUUCGACACUUAAGAUGCACUUCGAAAUGUUUGAACAUCAUCAUUCCAAAAAUCAAAGCAAGUGGCAUUUGCAUUAAUGAAAGACAGCACAAGCACACUACACAAGCAAGCUUCACAAUCAGGUUCAUACUAUAAUAUAUAGUAUAUAUAUCUACUAUAAAUCAUCUGGACAGCAGCUGGUUAAAAGUCAUUGCAACAACACCUCAGAAGGUUAGUUCUGAAAAAACCUCUAGCAUCAUUUGUUUGUAUUUUGUUUUUAAAUGCAGUGGCAUUCAGAGUGUAAAGUGUGACUUGAGUGUCCAAAUGUGUGUUUUGGCACCGCUGUGUGUCCCACCUAGAAAAUAUUACAUCUUACUUUCGAUGUUCCUUUUUUUACUCUUUACAGAAAUGUAUAUAAACCAAAUAUAUCUAUACUUUAUUAUGUUCUUGCUUCCCCUGCUGUCCCCCACCUCUGCUGUACAGUUUGUGACUGUAAAUCAUUUUGUGUGAUUCAUCUUUAAAGUUUAGUAUCUUGCAAACAGA